GAACAGAGGAGGAUGCUGGUGUCAUAGCGGAGGAUGAGGUCAACUGUCAAACAAAAUCGAAAAGCCUUGUUCCAAAAGUUAUCAUUCCUUGCGGCCAUGAUGGCUACGAGAAAAGUAGAUCGAGCGUCGGAGAGAAGGAUAUUGUACUUGGACGAAGGUACGCUGUAGAAAUGUCGAAGAUGCUUUGAAGACAGAUUGGUGUAUGAUUUUGACUCGAAAUUCACUCAUUUCGUUUCCAUUAAUUUUCCCUCCUAUUGUCGUGGACAGUGAUUCAGUCCAGAAUCGAUCUGAGGACAAUCGUUUUCGACGCAUUGUCAAUUUGUAUAGGGAUGAAUACAUUUCUUCCAAUUCCGUAGAACGUGCUACGAUAGUCUCGAAAGUAAUUGCGCUGCUUGAGAAAGAUAGUUAUUCCUUCCUGAGAUCUGGUUCCUUACGCACUCCAUUUUCAAACCGCAAUUCUUCCUACCCAUCCUCAUUGUGUGAYGGGUAUGGUAUUAAUGAGGGUGACAGUAACGGCGGAUUGGAGAGUGGAAUGUUCAUGGAUGGUCAAAUUAGGCAAAUGGUGAGUACUUCAUUCUCGAGGCUUGGUCGUCGGCGUUCUCGCAAUGAUUCCUCCGAAUUCAAAGACGCAAUAAGACAACAGCAACGGCAAAUGAUCGAUGCAACUCUGAAUCGCACCCCCAAUACUCUGAAAAACCCAGCACCUUUAGCAACGAAAGACAAAGUUUCAUAUUUGAAGGCUUCGACGCUCGGUGCCAACCAAAGCAUUGCGCCACAGCAACAAGAUGGUCCACAGGACGAAUUGGUGCCUCCUCUUCGGGCAUCCCGGGCGCCGGCACACUCUGAAACGAAACUUGCUGCGGAUAAGGUACAAAAAGUUCGACCUUUCUCUUCAGCACACGAAAGCUGUCUCUUGCAGGAGUGUCAACCCAAGGUUCCAGCACCACGGCAGUGUGGUGGUGAAUUGCGCGAGGAUGGAUUGCUAUGGUCCAGUGGUUCUAGGACGCUAUCCCUCCUUGAGGGCAUGGACAGCACCCUCGUUCCGACGACGUCUUAUUCUUUGCUACCCACGAUCGAAGAAAACGUUUUUGGAACAAAGGCUCGCGCGGGACCAAAUUCGGGAUGCAGCGACGACGGUACCGGGCGGAUGGAAUUCGAGACGAUUGGAUACACCCACCAAAAGGUUGGCGAGUUGACAAUCGUGCGUCCCAUACUUUUGCUUCCGGGGGUUGUCGGAGGCGCUUCUUCCCCUGCCGUCAAGAACGAAACGAACGCAGGAUAGACACAACCGAAGAACAAGAACAUCUCACGUUGGCAAUUCUGAUGCCUUCUCCACCUCGAACCUGUUGGUACUUAGCGACAAGGUGCACCCCGAUGGAUUGGAUGAGAAUCCUCAUGCAAUGGAUGAUGUAAACUCUGUUGUAUCAUCACCUACCAUGUUGUUCCCCAGCCAAUAGGAAUGAAUACUUCAUAAUACUUAUAAAACUUUCAUACCAAG